AUGGCGUUGGCGCUGCGCGUGGCCCGAUGCGCCGCGAUUCCGGCCAACUGUUGGCCCCGCGAUCGCCGGCGACUGUUACACCUGUGCAGCAGUGCCAGCGAUAAGAGGCCAACAGCUUUCUGCAGCAGGAACUACGCAACGAAGCCCGAGGCAGCGGCUCCACCGCAAAUCAAGCGAAAUGUGGCCGCCGAGAUAACCAGCGUGGGUAAGGUCAUCUACGAAACGGGCUGGGAUGCCAACAAGCCCAUUGAAAAGCCAAAGGUCCGGACCAGCACCUCGUCGUCCCCACAGCCGGCGCCGUCUAAGAAACCCGAAGACGAGAAGCGCAAGGAGCUGGACACUCUGAAAUCGAAACGGGAUCAGAUGCGAGACAAUAUGCAGGACUACAUAUUCACCCGGUACUUCAACUAUGUGAAGAACUACGACAAAGUGCUCGAAAAGAACUUCCCCAAGGCCAUGCAGCUGUACAGGGUGUUCUUCGAUGGCGUCAAGGACUUCUUUGGCGACAUGAAACGCUUCCUCAAGAUUGCCCGCAUUGCCAAUGAUUCUCCUCAAGGCAUUAGAGCCCUGAAUCGCCAGGAGCUGGAGCUGUACAUGCAGAUGCCAAGAGACAUGAUGAAGGUGGCACCGGCUCUAAUCGGCUGCUCCCUUCCCAUGGUGGGCUAUGCGUUCUUUCCCCUCGUCUUUUAUUACCCCCGCUCCUUUCUCACUGCCCAUUUCUGGACUCCGCAGCAGCGCUCAGAGUUCCAGAGUUACUACAUGAAACGUCGAUUAUGCAAUAACAAGGAUGUCUUUCGCUGCCUCCAGGCCAAGCUCAAAGCGACGGCAUCUCACCCCAUGCACUCGGCUUUUGCUGAGAUCCUGGGCCAGCUGGGCAGCGGCACGCACCCCACGCCUGAGAUGCUCAUCGAUGUCAAGGACAUAUUCGCCGAUGGACCCUACUCCCUGCUGGGAAUGUCGCGGAAGCACGUUAGAAACCUAGUCAAUCUUCAUGGACUGCCCAGCAGCAUCUUCAAGCGACAUCGCCUCCACGAGCACGCCUUCCUGGUGCACUACAUGGACCAGGCCAUAACCCGCGAGGGCGGCGUUCACAACUUGACACCGGAUGCUUUGCGCUACUCCUGCUAUCUGCGCGGAUUGAAUCCCGACAGCCUGAGCAGCGAGGCCAUGAUCGAGUGGCUGCGAAAGUGGGUCAAGGUGUCCACGUCGAUACAAGGCGAACAUAUCACGCUGUUCCUGCACCUGCCCAUCCUGCUGGGCUACAACCAUCCCAACAACUGGAAGACCAUCUACGGCAAGUGCCCCACUUGAGCGGGGUCCUGGUCGUUAGCUAUUUGGUAGACUGUGCUUUAAAGAUUGGACUGUUAAGAUCAUUUUGUUUCUUGAGAGCAAAUAAAACCGUUAAACCAAAAGAAA